GUCGCAGAUCGUUAUAUGUGUUUUUAAAGGAAGGUCACUCGAAUAUGAUUUGUAGAUCGAGGCUCCAUGUAGACAAAGCAGACACAUCGUCCGCGAAAAGUCGCCAUAUUGGGAAGGGAAUUAGACACGCAAAAGAGGCGGUCGUAGUUCGUCUACGGAAGAAGAUCGUCACAGCUGCUGGAUAACCACAUCAUAUCCGCCGCACAGCAACAACUGAAUAUAACUUCGAAAAGUACUACACACUGAAAUGGAUGGAAAAGCAAGUGACCCCUUCAGCAGUGAGGCAGGACAUCUUCCUGAUGCUGGUGUAGUGGGGAGACAGUGGCUGCCCAAAGGUCUGUCUGGUAAUGUGAUUAAGGAUUGGGUUGACCGCAGGAGGAAGUCCAUCCGUCCGUGGGCCAGUUUUGUAGACCAGCGCAAGUUCUCCAAACCUCGCAAUUUUGGAGAGCUGUGCCAGCGUGUGCUGAGGAACCUGAACACCUAUCACAGCAACUACACCUUCAUCUUCCUGGGACUCAUCCUCUACUGCAUUAUCAGUUCCCCAAUGCUCUUGAUUGCUUUGGGAGUGUUUGCUGGUGCCUUCUAUAUAAUUCACUUGAAAACGCUGGAAAAGAAGCUGCUUGUUUUCGGUCGUGAGUUGACUCAGGGACACCAGCUAGGUUUAGCAGGAGGGGUUUCCUUCCCUGUGUUCUGGCUCGCAGGUGCAGGAAUGGCUGUGUUCUGGUUAUUAGGUGCUACUCUAGCUGUUAUCGGCACUCAUGCGGCAUUUCGUGAGCUGGAGUCGUCUGACAUAGAUGAGCUACUCAUGGAACCUGUUUAAGCCUCUCACCUUUGACCUUUUGGCUCAUAUUAACCUACAAUAACUUGCCUCAUCUUUUAUAUUGCCACAUAGUGGUUGUACUAAUUUAAAAAUAUCAGUUUACUCUCAGAUUGGCCAGAAAUGUGGACUGUUAAACUGAUAUUGCCCUAAACGGAUCGAGCACAUUUGAAAGACCUCAGUUGCCUUUAAUAGUACCUAUUGGAUAUCAUGUUCAUUUGUUACAUUAUUUAUUUCUAAAUGCAUUCUUAAACACAAACUAAAUAGACUGUGACCCAAAUGCAAAAAAUCCAGUUUAUUCAAUUUAUAUUGUCUUUAAAGGCAUAGGUGACCCAAAACUGAAAACUGUUGUUCUGUGGAAUACAAAAGAAGAUAUUUUGAAAAACAAAUUCUUCGUUUUAUGUUUCACAGGAGAUCCCAGGAUGAACUAUCCUUUUAAAGGUUUUCAGAUCCUCUCGCACUAAAGGACAAAUACAUUUUUUGAUCAAAAUGUUAUGCUAGAUCAUCCAAAAUAGCGAGGAAAAAAAUUCAGACAGCAAGAAUGUACUGUCUUGACAGUUUGUGUGAUUUCUAGGGUACCGAUCAUUACAUAAUCAUUUGCCUUAAGCUAUAUUUAGCUCAUAUGUUGUUUUAUCAGUCUUUUUAGGACAGCUCACGCAUGUAUGAUUUCAUAACAGCAUGCGUGAGCAAAGAAAAAAAUGUUUUAUUGCUAUUGUUUAAUCAGUUUCUGAUGCCAAUAUUCUCAGUGGAAGUUUUUUUAUUUUUUUAUAUGGUGUCUCAUAUUAUGGAAAUGUUUGUUUAUUGUCUUUUAUUUUACAAAUUGCUUCUGUUUUAUCAGUUAAUGGGAAGUGCAAUAAAAUGCUCAGCCUGUACAAUA